GGAGUGAUGUUGAAGAGCGCUUGCGCAGGAGAGAGACUGUGCGGGGAGGGGGGCUUCCGAGCACGCGCGCGGAGGCGGGACUUGAAGAGCUCUCGCGAGAUCGUCAGGGUGCUAUAUAUGUGCGCAGGGAGCCCGCGUCCUUUCCCUGGUGUGAUUCCGUCCUGCGCGGCUGUUCUCCGCAACAGUAGUGGAUUAUCUCCGUCCGCCUUCUCUCCCACCCAAGUGCGUGCCACCAACCCAUGGAAGAUUCGAUGGAUAUGGACAUGAGCCCCCUGAGGCCUCAGAACUAUCUUUUCGGUUGUGAACUAAAGGCCGAUAAAGAUUACCACUUUAAGGUGGAUAAUGAUGAAAAUGAGCACCAGUUAUCUUUAAGAACGGUCAGUUUAGGGGCUGGCGCAAAGGAUGAGUUGCACAUUGUAGAAGCAGAGGCAAUGAAUUAUGAAGGCAGUCCAAUCAAAGUAACACUGGCAACUUUGAAAAUGUCUGUACAGCCAACGGUUUCCCUUGGGGGCUUUGAAAUAACACCACCUGUGGUCUUACGGUUGAAGUGUGGUUCAGGGCCUGUGCAUAUUAGUGGACAGCACUUAGUAGCUGUAGAGGAAGAUGCAGAGUCAGAAGAUGAGGAGGAGGAAGAUGUGAAACUUCUGAGUAUAUCUGGAAAGCGUUCUGCCCCCGGAGGUGGUAGCAAGGUUCCACAGAAAAAGGUAAAACUUGCUGCUGAUGAAGAUGAAGAUGAUGAUGAAGAUGAUGAUGACGAUGACGAAGAUGAUGAUGAUGAUGACUUUGAUGAUGAGGAAGCGGAAGAAAAAGCUCCAGUAAAGAAAUCAAUACGGGAUACUCCAGCCAAAAAUGCACAGAAAUCAAACCAGAAUGGAAAAGACUCAAAACCGUCAACACCAAGAUCAAAAGGUCAAGAAUCCUUCAAAAAACAGGAAAAAACUCCUAAAACACCGAAAGGACCUAGUUCUGUAGAAGACAUUAAAGCAAAAAUGCAAGCAAGUAUAGAAAAAGCGCAUUGAACAGUCCUGGGCACUACUGGUAAAUUAAGCCCAAAGAUGGGGAGAGAGGAAAAGGAGAGACAAAUAUAGUCCAUACUGAGUAUCAUCAACAAUCCAGACUGAAGUCUUCCAUUUUAAUCUCGAUCCCCUUUGCUGAUUUUGCCACCUGCCCACGCCCCCUUCCAGGCUGGAAGCAAUCUCUUAAUUGCCUAAAGCACUUUUCUUUUGACUGCUAUUACUCAGUGAUCCUUAAACUUUGCUUUCUACUACUUGUGCAUUUGCCUCACCUCUUUGACCAUGUUUUAAUCACCUUGUAUCUCCCUAGCUGUUGAAUAAAUAUUUGAAUCAAA